UGGGUGAAACCAUCUGUAAAAACCUAGCUUCGACUGUAAUUUCAUCUCUCGGUGUAUAUAUAAAUACACGGCAUCAUCAGUCUGCUUUACUCAAGCUUCAAAAGCUAACCUCAAGUCAAAAGCACACUCUCACACACUCUCUAUUUCUAAAACUCUACGAAAUGGACACCAAAGUUGCUUCGGUCGACCACGUUGCAUUGCCAAAUGGCGACGUCGGCUGUCUACCACCACACGGUGGCGUUUCCUCCAUCCAGUCAUCCACCGUUCCUUUCAACUUCUCCGAGGCCACUCUCGGCCGACACCUGGCUCGCAGGCUAGUUCAGAUCGGUGUCUCUGAUGUCUUCUCUGUUCCCGGCGACUUCAACCUCGCUUUGCUUGACUACCUCGUCGCUGAGCCUGGACUCAACCUCAUUGGCUGCUGCAAUGAACUCAACGCAGGAUACGCUGCUGAUGGAUACGCUAGGUCUCGUGGUGUUGGAGCAUGCGUUGUUACUUUCACUGUUGGCGGACUUAGUGUCAUCAACGCCAUUGCAGGAGCUUACAGUGAGAAUCUACCGCUGAUUUGUAUUGUUGGAGGACCGAAUUCGAAUGAUUAUGGUACUAACCGAAUUCUUCAUCAUACAAUCGGAUUGCCGGAUUUUACCCAAGAGCUUCGGUGCUUUCAAACUGUCACUUGCUUUCAGGCCGUUGUUAACGAUUUGGAAUACGCACAUGAAAUGAUCGACACAGCGAUUUCAACAGCCUUAAAAGAAAGCAGGCCGGUUUACAUCAGUAUCAGCUGCAACUUACCUGCAAUUCCUCAUCCUACUUUUAGCCGGGAACCUGUUCCUUUUUCUCUAGCACCAAAGUUGAGUAAUCACAUGGGUUUGGAAGCAGCCAUUGAGGCAGCAGCAGAGUUUUUAAACAAAGCGGUGAAGCCAGUAAUGGUCGCCGGACCUAAACUCCGUGUAGCAAAAGCACGCAACGCAUUUGUUGAAUUAGCAGACUCAUGUGGGUAUCCUGUAGCCGUGAUGCCAUCAGCGAAAGGGAUGAUCCCAGAACACCAUCCUCAUUUCAUUGGGACAUAUUGGGGUGCUGUAAGCACUGCUUUUUGUGCAGAAAUUGUCGAAUCUUCUGAUGCUUAUUUAUUUGCUGGACCUAUAUUCAACGACUACAGCUCUGUAGGCUAUUCUCUUCUUCUCAAGAAAGACAAAGCAAUAAUCGUACAGCCUGAUCGUGUACUGAUUGGAAAUGGCCCAACAUUUGGGUGCGUGUUGAUGAAAGAUUUCUUGAUAGGUUUGUCAAAGAGACUUAAGAAGAACACAACUGCGUAUGAGAAUUAUCAUAGAAUUUAUGUUCCAGAAGGUCACCCUCUUAAAUCUGCUCCUAAAGAGGCAUUGAGGGUUAAUGUUUUGUUUCAGCACAUACAGAAUAUGCUUUCGGGUGAUACUGCUGUCAUUGCUGAAACUGGCGAUUCAUGGUUUAAUUGUCAGAAGCUAAAGUUGCCAAAGGGAUGUGGGUAUGAGUUCCAAAUGCAAUACGGGUCGAUUGGGUGGUCAGUAGGUGCGACACUAGGGUACGCACAAGCUAUAAGUAAUAAACGAGUGAUUGCAUGUAUUGGAGACGGAAGCUUCCAAGUCACGGCUCAAGAUAUUUCAACAAUGAUUCGAUGUGGCCAAAACACCAUCAUUUUCCUAAUAAACAAUGGUGGAUACACCAUUGAAGUGGAGAUCCAUGAUGGGCCCUACAAUGUUAUAAAAAAUUGGAACUACACUGGUUUAGUUGACGCGAUCCAUAAUGGCGAGGGCAAGUGUUGGACUAGUAAGGUGUUUUGUGAAGAGGAGCUUGGUGAGGCAAUUGAGAAGGCAACAGGGGAGAAAAAGGAUUGUUUAUGUUUUAUUGAAGUGGUUGUGCACAAAGAUGAUACUAGCAAAGAGUUGCUGGAGUGGGGUUCGAGAGUGUCCGCUGCUAACGGACGACCUCCGAACCCUCAAUAAAAUAUAUUUUUACUCUAUGCGACCGGAUGAGGAUUCACUACGGUUUCAUGAUGUACAAAGUGUAUAGAAUCUAUAUCCUUUGUUGCUAUUUUAAUUGAGAAAGAAUAACAGUCAAAUAUCUUGAAUGUAUUCGGCCAAAUGUAUUGUCUUGCCCAUUAUAUUAUGUUUGCAUUUUAUCUAUAUAUUUCUAUUUAAUAUAAGAAGAUCAUUAUGGAAUAAUAAA